AUGGCUGUUGACGAUAUGAGACCCGUGUGUUCUCAAAGUGCAAUGGUGGAUAUCAAAGAGGAACAUCCUCGCUCUGAGUCGGGGAGUAAGAGUUGCCCGAUACAUAGUGGCCAUUUCAUGGUUAGUCGUGUACAUGACGAUGUCAACAAUGACGACGACGAGGAGGAGGUGGCCUCGCCUUUUAACGACGAGCCCAAUGGAUUUGUGUUUCUGGCCGUUGACAAGAAAGAGACGUCGAUGGCGUGCGAUGUUCCACAUGCUGAUGCUCAGUCGGUGGUGAUUGAUGCGUCUUUGACUAAACUUUUCCAGUGUAUGACACUGGCAUACAGUGGCAAAAUCACAUCACCGAGAUGGAAACAGUUCCGUGGUAUGCAUUUGACCCAAAAGCAGCGCAUUCGCCUCAACAACUUAAUUUGGAGAGAGUGGCACAUGCAGUAUAUCUAUGGCAAGCCCCCAAUUGUUUGCCAGUUUGCUGUGCCAUUGUCAGAUCAUAUUCAUUCAAAACCAGAGGCUGUAGUGUUAGAAGGAAAGUACUGGAAGAGGCAGCUCGACACUGUCACUGCAGAGUACAAAAAAUGGCGGCGAUAUUUCAAAGACCGCAUUCGGAUCAAGGAUGUGACGUUUAUCCCUCACAGUUCUGGAAGCUAUGUAUCCAAUACUGAUUUAAAUCUGCUGCAAGCCGACAUGAUGGACAUGGACUUCACCAAUGAACUCUUUGCAAAUUUGAACCAACCAUUUGCAUUUCCUAACCCAAGAGAGCUAAGUCAACUGGGAUAUGCUGACUUCAUCCAGCCAGGGUUGGUUCAGCUGCAACCUAACCUUGAGGAGUUCAUGGACACAGAUUCCAUGCAAGAUGCUUCUGCAACUACAGCUCUUGGCAGUAACAACACAACCUCUUUUAUGUGCGGAAAUGUGAGCACGCCUCAGAACAUUAUGUUACAGUUGACAUCAACUGGUCAUUACCAGUUUGAUCCUGCAACAGUUUUAUUGAGAACACAGUUUUCGCAGGACUCUCCACAGACUUUCACAGUUGUGCCCUCGGAGCUUUACGGCAAUAUCCAGAACAUGGUCAACACACCCCCUAAUAAUUCACGGAAGACUUUAUCAACUCCUGCUGCCACCUGUUCAUCAGACUUGCUGACUCAGUUGCUGCAGCGACGGCCGCCUGAGAUGGCCACACGGAAGAAAGAUUCACAACUGCAGUCGCCCACACCAAUCCAGCCAGCACCAUCAUUAAGUCAACAAGGCCGGUCACAAAAUUUGCAGCAACGCAUUUAUCAGCCGAGCAUCGCAUCACAGAGUCCCAUCCUUGCGCAGUCCCUCUCCAUUCAACAGCACGUCCAGCAGAAGCAGCCCCAGACAGCAGCCCAGCCCACCCACACACACAGAAAGUCUAAUAAAGUCAACAAAGUGAACAAGAACACUGCAAGUAACGACUCUGUAGGUGCUGGAUCAAGUCAGUCUAAACCACUGUCAUCUGGCAAUCACAAGAAAAAGGAUGGCCCGUUUACUGUUCCUGCCGCCAAACCUCUAAUCCUGUCUCGAAAAAAUCGUGUCAUUGCACCCGCUCCACCGCCUGCACCACUCCAGCAAACUGCCUUGAUCCCAUCACCAUCAUCUCAGGCUUCUUAUCUGGCCGAGCUGUUGAAGAAUGGAACUUAUCCCGGUGCGUACAUUAGUGUGAAAAAGGAGCCUCUGCUGGCGUCUGCUAAUCCAAUCAAGACCACCACUAAUUUGUACCAGCAGCCCCGAGCUGGCCAGGAGUCAGCCUUCAGUUCACAUGUGCCAGCUGGCCAGGGGUCAGCCUUCAGUUCGCAUGUGUCAGCGGCCGUUGCCAUGACUGCAGCCAGCACUAUUAGUCCUGUUGAAACUAAUUUACCAAAUGUGACGGGAGCUGGAGUCUCAAUAGUGGCGACCCCUUUG